GUGCCCGGGCCGGCCUACUUCGGCGAGUCGUGCCUGUGGGUCGACCGCAGGGACUGGGCGCUGCCCGGGCCCAGGUACCAGUACAGCGCGAGCUGCCGCACCCGGGCGGAGGUGCUCAGCAUCUCCCGCAGCGCCAUCGGGGAAGUGAUCGACAAGUUCUCCCCGUGGCUCGGCGAGCGCUUCGAGAUCUUCCGCGCCGCAGUUGUGUCCGGGCAGGAGGACCUCGACGGGAUCGUGCCGCUGGCGCCGCCGGACUCGAGCUUCGUGGAGGGCGACGCCGAGGUGAACAGCACCGAGGACGCGCGCGGCCUCGCCGGGGUGCGGAGCCCCGCCCUCCAGGAGGGUUUCGCCUUCGGAGGGUUCCAGGAGGACUGCUUGGGCAACGACGAGGGCCGAGUUCGCAAGAAUGCCUCGUGGCAGAGCAGGGUGGCGAGCGUGUAG